AUGUUACCUGACUUUGGACAAAGCGUGCGAGAACAUGCUCGUGGUGCACUGGCGGGUUGGAAUGCCACCAUCGGCGUGUUCGGCAUCGACAGCCGGACUGGGGGCCUCACUGGGCUCCGGUCGCUCUACGACCCCAACGGGGGCAAGCCCAUGAAGGCGCGGGCCGAUAAGCACGUGAAUCACUCCAUCAACGACGAGGGUGCCCAGAAGGAGCGUCAGGCCGAUCCGCACUCUCACGCGGUCAUCUUGGACCCCGUCUUCGGGAAGAUCGCAUACGUCCCCGACCUGGGCAUGGAUCUGAUCCGCCAGUUCAAGUACGACAAGGCCACGCUCGAGCCGGCCGGGUCCAUGCCGUCCGGCCCUCCCGGACGAACCGCCCUCGGGCCGCGCUACGUGGAGUUCCACCCGAAUCUGCCCUUCGCCUACGUAGUCAACGAGCUCUCCUCGGAGGUGUCCGUUUUCGAGUUCGACUCGCAGGCCGCGGAGGACCUCAUCACCAGCAGGGUGGAGGCCAAAGACGCGCGCCCCACGCUGAAGCUGAGGCAGACGAUCGGCACGGUCCCCGAUGCCUGGCCCAAGGAGUGCAACACGUGCGGCCGCAUCUGCGUGCACCCGGCGGGCAACUUUGUGCUCGUCUCUAACCGCGGCCACGACAGCAUCACCGUCUUCCGGGUCCACCACGAGCGAGCGUGUCGCGGCAUGCUGUCCCUGGUCGGCGCCCAGCACACCCGCGGUGCCACGCCGCGCCACUUCCAGUUCGACGGCUCUGGUCAGUGGCUGAUCACCGCGAACCAGGACUCCGACAGCAUCGGGGUUUUCCGCUUCAACCUGGCCACCGGCAGCCUGGACUGGACCGGCCACGAGUACAGGGUGCCGUCCCCGAACUUUGUCUGCUCCGUCCAGCCCCACGCGGAGCCUCUGAGGCGCAGGGCGCACGGGAGGGCCUCCCGCUCCCGGUCGCGCUCCUCGGGCUCUCCGUCCUCUGGCGCGCCCUGA